AUGGUGAUAAUAGAGGAACUAAGACCUGAAGGUGCUCUUGUCAAACUCGCACCUCAUGAAGCCAUUCAGAAAGAUGAAACGUUAUCAUUUGAUAAUGCUCUGUCAACUGGUUCCUUUAAUUUUCAAUUAUCUGAUGUUCAAAGUGAUGAGAAUGAAACUUUCCAACCUCAGCAGUUUAAGGUUGAUGAACAAAAUUUGACUAGUGAACAGAUAGCAGACUAUGCUCGAAGACUAGGAUUUUUUGAUGCUGAGGAAGCAGCAAUGAAACAAAGGAUAAGCAAACAUUAUCAGGACAAAUACUACCAACUUGAAGAAAUUCACCAACAACAAUUAACAAGACACUCUCAGUUACAAGAUGAAUAUAUGCAGUUACAAGAAAAUCGUCAACAGCAACAAGAAGAGCAUUAUAAGCUUGAUAUGACCCACAAACAGCAACAAAAGGAGUAUACCAAACUACAAAUGGUACACCAACAACAAAAUGAAGAGCUCUCCCAGUUACAAGAUCGCCACAGACACAUACAAGAAGACUUUUUUCAGCUACAAGAGGCUUAUCAACAGAAACAGAGAGAUCACUCACAGCUAUAUGAUGAUUUUAUUAAGUUACAAACAGCUCACCAACAGAAGAAGAAGAAUAUUCUUUGCUACAAAAAGAACAUCAACAGCAACAAAAGGAGUUUUCUCUCGGCUACGAGAGACUCAUCAACAGCAGCAAGAACAAUUUUCUCAAUUACAAAGAGCUCACCAGCAGCAACGAAAUGA